CUUGAAUCCGUUUUUAUUUUGUAGAGUGUUUAAUCAUCAAACGUGAAAUACCGAUGAUGUUUACGACAAACACCCCGUCGAUAAGAGGAGAUUAGACAAACUUGAUUGCAGUUGCUGAAACUUUCGCAAUAUGCUUUUGAGAUAUUGACAGUGGUCUAUUAACUAGAAUGUAGUAUUAAGCCUGAAGCUUCUGUUCUAAAUAUUCGCUUGUGUACGUAAAGUUUACGUAACCCAUUAUGUCUGUUUCUCUUUAGGUGCUGCUGAGAAUUUGGCUGCCAUAAACCAAAUGCUUUAUGAUUUCAAUGAUGAACACUUACGAUCACCACCACAAUCACAACAACAGAUAAAUAAAAAACGAGAAUUAGCAGCGAUGAAUCCUCAACAAAAACGGCAGCAGCAAGCAACGAAAAAAUCGGCAUCAACAAGCCUUUCGCAAGAAAUAUCAACGGACGAUGACGAUAGUGAUGCAGAUCCUCCUCACAAAAGAAAAACAAAUAACAAAUUCACAGUUGAUAGUAUACUGGGAACACCAUCUUCAAAACAAUUCUCAAAACACCAAAAUUAA